AGCAUCCCAAAAAAUUCAGGUGCCUGAGCGUUGACAGCUUCAAUUGACAUGAGAGCCGUUUCAAAGCUAAAUGUUGAGACUCUGUUUCGAGGAAGAAUAAGUCUACUUCCUCAACAAUCAAAUAGUAGAAUACGAUUUUUUCAUUCAACGACCUUGACUCGCAAUGUGAUUUCCAACAUGACCGGCAGAGGACUUGUUGCGUCGUUGACCAGUUCUGAUGUCGAGAAGCACACGCAAAACAAAACUGCCAUUUAUUGCGGUGUAGAUCCCACUGCUAGAAGUUUGCAUCUCGGUAACCUGGUCACUUUUAUGGGCUUACUUCACUUCCAUAUUACCGGACAUCAAGCAAUCGCUCUGAUCGGAAGUGCAACGGGCACAAUUGGCGACCCUUCAGGAAGACAAUCAGAACGAGUUCCACUAUCACAGGAAGCAAUUGACGAUAACAGCUCGAACAUUACUCAACAAAUACAUCGUUUUUUUGAAAAUGGUUCAGCAUAUGCUAAAAGAAGAGGGUGGUUGAGCAAGGAAACCGAACAGUACACUCCAAAAGUACUCAACAAUAUUGAGUGGUUCAAGGGUAUGAGCGCCAUGGAGUUCAUUGGUGACGUUGGAAGAUAUGCCCGUGUGACGCAAAUGCUCGCACGCGAAAGUGUCAAAGCUCGCUUGGAUAGCGAACAUGGAAUUAGCUUUACAGAAUUUGCAUAUCAAUUACUACAAGCUUAUGAUUUUUGGUACCUUUACCACAACCAUUCUUGUCGCAUACAGCUGGGAGGAAGCGACCAAUGGGGCAACAUUACAGCCGGUAUAGACAUGAUCCACAAGAAGAAGCCAAACUCCACGACACUACACGUUCCAGCCAGCCAAGAUGAUCAAGAAACAAGACGGUUAGAAGAUCGCGCCUUUGGUGUCACUAUACCUUUGUUGUUGAACUCCAAAGGAGAGAAGUUUGGAAAGUCAGCAGGCAAUGCUGUAUGGAUUGACGAAACCAUGACUACUCUGUUUGAUUUUUACCAAUUCUUCGUUAAGACGGCCGACGAAGAUGUCGAACGCUACCUGCCCUUGUUUACUCUUUUGAGCCCUGACGAAAUUAAAUCGUUAAUGCAUGAACAUAAGCAAAACCCGGAAAAGCGUAUUGCUCAACAUAAGCUUGCAGAUGAAGUCACAGAACUUGUGCACGGUCUUGAAAGCGUAAGCAAAGCAAAGACUGCCACCAAGGUCUUGUUCGGUGGGGAUUUACAAGAAAUCGGAGCCGAUAAUAUUAUUCAAGCUUUUGCCCACGACAGUCAACGCUUACGUGCUGCUAAGCGUGAUCAGGUCCUUGACGUUGGACUUGAUGCUAUUGCAGUUUUGGCUGGUGCAACCCGAUCAAAGUCUGAGACGCAAAAAUUGAUCAAGUCCGGAGGUGUUUACUUGAACAAUGUGAAAGUAACCGACCCACGAGUCAAAUUACAACCCACUGACCUCCUGAAUGACAAGUUAUGCGUGCUUCGAGUCGGCAAGAGUUCAUACCAUAUUCUCCAUGUGGAGUAAGCCAUAUGAUUACAGUAUCGUAUACUACUUGAGGCAACAAAUCAUGCCUUUUACCCAUCAUAUACUACCAGUAGACUGGUUAAAUUCGCCCAUUGUAUUUGACAUACAAGUUAGGAAGCAUAGUUCAUGUAGCAAUAAAAUCUAGAGGGCCUCAUAAACCUGUUUUGAUAGAGAUAUAUAA